UUCAGGAUCAGGAUGUUAUGGGUUCUCAAAGAUUUCAUGAUUCACUGCCUAAGACGACUGUAGAGAUCGACCCGAAAACAAUUCAGAUUCUUAAUGUAAUAGACAGAGGAAGCUAUGGGACAGUGAAGACAGCAUUUUGGGAUGACAAAGAGGUUGCUGUCAAGGUUUUUGAAACUCAAGGGGAAAUUGAAGCAUUCCGAACUGAAGUAGAAGUAUUAGGGUCAGUAUCUCACAAAAAUAUAAUUCAUCUCUAUGGGAUGAGUGUGGGUGUUCAAUGUUUGAUUGUAAUGGAACUUGCAACACAGGGCUCGCUGUACAAUUUACUUCAUAAGAGAAUUGAUAUAGGGUACGGCAAGGAGCAUAUGAUAGUGUGGUGGACUGAAAUAACUGAAGCAAUAUCGUACCUUCACAACCGUAGUCCAAAGCCAAUAAUUCACAGGGACUUGAAAAGCUCGAAUAUCCUUCUCAAGGAUGACCAUAUAAAGAUUUGUGAUUUUGGUACAGCUUGUGACAUUCACACUUUGAUGUCAAAUGCCAAAGGAACAGUUGCUUGGAUGGCUCCUGAAGUUAUUACUACCACAGACUACAAUGAAAAAUGUGAUGUUUAUAGUUUUGGAAUUGUAAUGUGGGAAGUACUCAUGAGAAGGGUCCCGUUCAAAGGACUAAAUUCGUUUCAAGUAAUGCAAACAGUUGACAGGAAGAAGAGACCACCUCUGCCUAAAACAGUUCCAACAUCAAUCAGAACAAUGAUUCAACUAUGCUGGUCCCAUGAUCCGACUUCUCGCCCCUCAUUCACCUCUCUUUGCAAGUUGUUGAAUAAAAUAUGGGAUUCCAUCAGUGAUUUAGAGCUGGAAGCUCAACCUCCAGCUCCAAACCCUGCUCCCACCACUCCCGAAGCUGGACCUUCACGAGCUGGAAAUAUUGGACAACCAUCACCUCCUCGCUUUCCCAUUACCCCCGGCUCCUGUAGCCCCUCUCCCACAGUUGCUACAUACCCUCCUGUGGGCCAAUCGACCCCAAAACUUAAAGAUGAUGAGGAUGCACUGAUAAGGCCUUAUAGGCACAUUCAAACCAACGUUGAAAGUUGUGAUAUCCAUAAGCAACACUUACAGACUUACGAGGAGCUUAAAAUGUUAAGAAUUCACUUGAACAGAAAAAAGGGGGUCAUCAAGUCGUUGAAGGACAAAUAUAGGGAUUUACAGAAUCAAUCUCAGGGGUUAGAAUCUUCCAAUGAAGGGAAGCAACUAAGGUUAUCAAUAUUGCGAAGUGAGACUGAAUCAUUGAACCAACAGCUCAAUCAUAUCCUUGAUAAUCCAUGACACGUUUUGAUUUGCGAGCUCUUUAUGUUUCAAUUAUGAGUUUAUACCAGGUGGUAAGUAUGGUUUGUGUAAAUUCAUUUGAUUUCUUAAUCGGUUUCAAGUCUGUAAAUUCAUAUGUCAGUAUUUACGUUUACAAUGAAAAGUUUUAACCUUUUUAAACAAAAUUCUGCCUUAACAUGCAGGGUUAAAAUAGUGUGAACUUUUGAGUUCAGUGAUGAAAUAUUAGUUGGUAUUUAAUGUUACGAUAUCAUGCCUUCGAAUUGAUUUUCAGGGGUAAGCUGUAUUUCAAGUUAUAGUUAUUGUGACAAAAAGCAUAUUGUUAAAUGGACAUAUGUUAUAAAACAGACGAUUUAUGGGAGUUAAGGUUUACAAAAAUGUGGGAAAUAAGGGUUUCGAAAAGGAUAGAAUUGGGGAAAAAUAUAAACAUUGACCAACAAAAAAUGAAUCACAGCUCGUACGUAUUGAGCCCUAUAAAUUGUAUCUCACUCAUUGAACGCUGUGUAGAUGAAAGAAUGAAAUGAUAAACAUCUGAACAUUUAACCUAAAAGUCAAUACACGGCUGGUUGUUCCAAAAAUCUGUCCUUUUUGUCUCAAAACAUCGUCCAGGAGGUGUAAUUUAAACGUUAAAUUUAUUGACCUUAGUCGGUAGUGGUAUUACAUUUACAUGGUGGAUCACUACGUCAGCAAUAAUACAGAGUAAAUAGUACUGUAAUAGUACAGUGUUUUGUGCGCAACGAUGUUUUUAUUCGCAGUUAAAAUAUGUAACUUGGAAUAUUUUGAAGUGAUUAUCGAUGUCAAAUAAGUUAAAGGUUACAGGAAAAUGUCAGAUCGGACGACUGUUUGUGCUGCAUGAUCAAUUAAUGUUUCUAUUUUGAUGGUUCUUUUCAGUAAAAGCUUACCCGCUAACCAUGGGGCGUCGUGUAAGUUAAAGUGGAUGUGUGUGUGUGUGGGCUUGAAUUCUGUAGUGAUUAUUUGUAUUGAAGAUUUCGCUUUAGCUGCAAUUGCAUGUUUUUGAUGUUGUUUGGUGUAGUUUUCGAGGAGUUAUUAGAUUUUGUUUGAUGAAAUAUUUGUUGAAAAACUUGUUGAAGAGCAAAAUUUCGUAAUUAAAACUAAUAUUUUAGAGUUAAAAUGUUCACCGUUCAGAAAUCUGUGUAAGAUAUAGCUUAUCACAGGAGGAAGUUUUUUACUGUCUGUAUCUUGCCAGCAUAUUUUCAAGUAGACUUGAUCACCAUCCGGAGGGAGGUGAUCCAUUUCUCCUCAAUAUAUCAAGAACUCCGUGGUAUAAAGUGUUUGUAAAGGACGUGUGUAUAAAGUAUUAAGUAUGAAUUUUAAAACAACGUACAGGUAUUAUCUAAAAUGUUGCUUUCACCUUCCGCCAGGUAAUCAAGUCUGUAGUGUGAUUUGUAUGCUUAUCACAGCACAAAGCUCCCAAAUAGAAGUAUUAUUUUUCAGUUUACAUUUUGAAUGCAAUUAUAUUUGGAUCAUGUCCAGAAGCUGCAAUAUUAGUUUUUCAUAAUUUGGACAACCCUCUUACCUUGUUGGGAGAUGUGUGCUUUAGCUUCAUUUAGUUGACUAAAAUAAUAUCAAUUUGACAGCUUGUUUAGUGACCUCAUGUUCCCGUCACUGUACUACUUAACGCCAGUAAUUCUUCCUUGGGCGGUGGUCUUCUUAAAUACAACCAUUUCCGUUCAUAUUUCAGUUCGCCCAGAUUUUUUGUUAUUGGCUACCUAGUUGAUAUUUGCCAUUUAUAUAGUUUCUUAUC